UUCCCACGCUCCUCUGCGAGUCACACUUUCAAGAUGGCGGACGAACCUUUACUUUUAGGGCUGGCGGACGGAAACAUGACGGAAAAUGACGAUAACAUUUGUGGAUGGAGUACAAACAAAAUCGGAGGAAAACCGGUAAAACUUGUUUGCAUGGAGUAAACUCUUAUGCAACCAGGAUGAAAAACAACGAAGCAUGCCUAGAAUAAUUCUUUGCACUUUAUCUACAUGACUAAUCCAAAUAGGAUUUUAAUUUUUUUUCAUUUUCUCUGCACAGAAUUGGUUGCAUGGCCAGCCGUUGUGUUUCCCAACUUGCCCUUUAUGUGGAAAAGUAUUGUAUUUGGUUUGCCAGAUUUACUGUCCUUUGUCAGAGUCCACCUUUCACCGUGUGCUGUAUGUAUUUGGUUGUGUAAGCAAAUCUUGUUGGAAUAAAAACACAAGGUAAAAGGCCACAGCCAUAGGCGAAAUAUUAACGUUUAACCCUUUAACUCCCAAGAUCUAAUCGUAAAUUCUCUCCUCCAGCUGCUAAACAUUUCCUUGGAAAUUAGUCACGAGAAUUUGGUGUUAGAUCAAGACAUCAACUUCUACCUGAUAAAUUUGAGUAUUCUCAGUACCUGUUUGCUGGAUAAUGAAUAGAUAUUAGAGGGAGAAGUUACAUGUUAAUCACUUCUGUGAGUCAAAGGGUUAACACUUAAACACAAUCUGAAAGUUUUAAUUAUUUUCCAUCAACUCUUUUUUCAGUUGGAAAGUUUUGAGAUCACAAGCCAGAGACAGUAAUUUUGUCGGCAGGGAAACAGCAGAAAAUAAGGUGUUAUACAAUAUAUAUUUUUGAAAAUAAAUUUUUGUUUCUUUUUUGGAACAACAUUCAAAGCCAUUACAUUUGCCCAAACACUAUUAAAUCAGUUUGCAUAUUCUCCAUACUGUUCUCUAUAAAUUUCCUAAGGUGUUGACAGGGAGAAUUUUUUUAACCAUCCAAAGUUUUUUUUUUCAGUGAUUGUUUCCUUAAUUCUUGUGACCUUAAUGUGUGAUUUAGGGGUGAUGUUAUAAGGAGAAAAGUUGAUCCAAUACCAAAUUCUCCAAACUAACAUCUCAAGAACUGUAUAGCAGACAGUAAGGAGAAUUACUUAUGAGAUCUUGGGAGUGAAAAGGUUAAGGGGCCAGCUAGUAUAACUCCUCCAUUCCCAAGAACUAUACACCAAAUCUUCAUACUGUCUGCCAUAAAUUUUUUAUCAUUUAAGCUCUAAGAAUUGAGUGUUGAAUUGAAGAAUACCUUUUAGUUGAAGUAAUUCUUCCUUCUUGGCCUUCUUCUUAAAAAUGUAAUAUUAUUGUGAGGAAAUAUUCCUUCUUGGCCACUUCUUAGCUUGAAAGGGCCUUAAUGUUUAGAUUAAAAGUGCUCUUGGUUGUAUGAAAAGUCUUUUACUUGCAAAAUGAUCAAAAUUUUUUGCAUAGUUCGGGUUUGAUUUUUCCCAAAAUUUGAUGUUGGUAUUUUGCUUCUUUUAUGAUCCAGUCUUCUGGUGGAUUUGAAGUGGAUGAUUGGUGUGAUGAUGCUGAAGACUGGGGAGAGUGAGUACAUGUAUUUCUUUCUUGUCAUAGCAAGGUCCAAAAUUGUGACCAGCUGAUUGCCAAUGCAACUGAGGAUUGUUUGUUGAAAACCAGAAUUCUUUUGCUAGUCUAAUGGAUGCAACUGACCUAAGGUCUUGUCAGCACUUUUCCUGUACAAACAAAUCGGGGUUCAAGAAACAAAGUGUCAAUGAUUUAACUCAUUCUUUUUUUUAUGUAACUGGUGGUCAUUGACAAGUUGGCAAAUGUUUUGUGGCCAGGAAAUAUCUUUCAUUCUGGUAUAUUGCUCCAGGAUGAAAUCCUUUAUAACACACCUUUUUGGUUACCAAAUUGUUCAGUCUUGGGAUUGAAGCAAGAGUGUAUCAGUGUCAUUUGGCACCCAGGCAAAAAGUUGCAAAGAAUUUCAGUCUUUUCUAACGUCUUACAGACUUUCCGGUCAACUACAAUUUUAAAUAGAUCUCUCAUUUUGGCUGCUUUGUUGGUUUGACAGUGAUAAUGAUUUUUCCAUGAGCUUGGAGCAAUGUACUGGCAAAUUAACACUAUCUGAAGAUAAACCCGAAGAGAUGAACCAUACUAUAGCUGGAAAUUUUAGUGAAGGCCAGCCACACACAGAAACUUCAUUGGCAUCCAUCCCUCAUUUUGCACCAAUGUAUGUUAGUGUUGUGGAAGCACCUGACCCAAAAGAGACAUCUACCAAGAUGACAAAACAUGAGAAAGCUCUGUUGUCUGAAUAUCAGCAGCGUGAAGGAGGCCAUGUUUUAGAUGCCUUGGAGGCAGAUGAGGGUAAUAAGGAAUGGGCUGGGGAGAAAUAUGAAAGUGCAGCUGUUACGCAUGGUGAUAAAGCAUUUCACAAGUUUAACAAACAGUUACAUGCUUAUCCACAGCAGUGCCUGAGGUAAUCAUUUUAGUUAUUUCAUAUACAAAUAGCUGAAUUAACCGUUUAACUCCCAAGAUUGCAUAAGUAAUUCUCCUUACUGUCUGCCAUACAAUUCAUAUGAUGUUAGUUGGGAGAAUUUGGAAUUGGAUCGACCAAUAAUCCCCCAAUUGGUAUUUUUCUUUAUUCUCAGAACUUGUCUGCUUGAUAUUGUAUUGAUAGUGUAAGGAGAAAUUCUGUCUUGGUCACUAGUGGGACUUAAAGGGCUAAGCACAAAUUUUGAUUGGUUCCCACACACUCACUCUCGUGAUUUACAGGAGAACGAAAUUUUUCUUUUUUUCCAUUUGAAACAUGGAUUCCAUGUUGCCUUAGGAAUAUUCAGUGAAGCAUCACAGAAGAAAUCAAAACUUGGUUACAAUAGCAGUGACACACUCAACUGCGCCUCUUGUGUCACUAUUUUGUUCUAAUAACAUUUUGAGAUCAUCUGUGAUCUAUUACUGAGCAGAGGCAUAACAACGUGGAAUCUGUUUUUCCUUCUUUUCAUGUGUAAUAAUUAUCUAAUAUUAUUCUAUAUUAUAUUAUAUUCUAUAUAAGGUAUCAGUGGAAUGGGAUGCCUGUUUCUAUGUUAACCACCAAGCCAUCUGAGCUGUUUUCAAGUGUUCCACCCUGCCAGCAUUGUGGUGCAAACAGAAUAUUUGAACUGCAAUUUAUGCCUGCAUUAAUUGGCAAUUUGAAACUUGCAAAGCAAACAUGUGCCAACUUAACUGGGGAUCUUAGUUCCCAAAACAACAGACAUGAGGCAGAGACUGAGCAGUUUUCAAAUAGUAACAAUGUACACAAUUUGGGAAGGUUGGACAAUAAUAUUUGUGAGGACAAUGGUGGAAAUCUAUCAGAUAAUACUGGUCUUCGGGAAGAUCAAAAGAAGGCAUUCUUGGCAACUGUCAAUCAAGUGAAUGACGUCGUAAUUGAGUUUGGCACUGUAAUGGUUUUCACGUGUGCUAAGAGCUGUUGGGGAGAAAAGGAAAGUGUCGGAGAAGAGGUUUACUUAGAAGAGUUUUGUUUAGUAGAGGCUGACCCGGAUGUUUUGUUAUUUCAAUAA